UUGUCGCCAAUUCCUUGUUGGAGAAUCCAACUACCUCUGCCUUGUUGGCUACCAUUCUGGUGGAGUUUCUCCUGGACCGCCUGCCAGAGAUGGGCUCCAACGUGGAGCUCUCCAACCUGUACCUCAAGGUGUUCAAGUUGGUCUUUUGCUCCGUCUCCCUGUUUGCAGCUGAAAAUGAGCAAAUGCUGAAGCCUCAUCUGCACAAGAUCCUGAACAGCUCAAUGGAGCUUGCGCAGACUGCCAAGGAGCUCUACAACUACUUCCUGCUGCUCCGGUUGCUCUUCCGCUCUAUUGGUGGGGGUAGCCAUGACCUCCUGUACCAGGAGUUCCUACCCCUCCUCCCAAACCUCCUGCAAGGUCUGAACAUGCUGCAGAGCGGCCUGCACAAGCAGCACAUGAAGGACCUCUUCGUGGACUGUCUCACAGUGCCUGUGAGGCUGAGCUCUCUGCUGCCCUAUCUGCCCAUGCUGAUGGAUCCCCUCGUGUCCGCGUUCAAUGGCUCUCAGACAUUGGUCAGCCAAGGCUUGCGGACUCUGGAGCUGUGUGUGGACAACCUGCAGCCCGAUUUCCUUCAGGACCACAUUCAGCCCCUGCGCACUGAGCUCAUGCAGUUUUGUGUACCUUUGUUGCAGGACAUUGAAACCGCUCUGGACUGCCUGAAGAGUGCCAACACAGAGCCCUACUACCGGCGGCAGGCAUGGGAAGUGAUCAAGUGUUUCCUGGUGGCCAUGAUGAGCCUGGAGGACAACAAGCAUGCGCUGUACCAGCUCCUGGCCCACCCCAACUUCACAGAGAAGUCCAUCCCCAGUGUCAUCAUUUCCCAUCGCUGCAAGGCUCAGGACAUGCCAGCUCAGAAGACAUUUGAGCAGGCCCUGACCGGGGCCUUCAUGUCGGCCGUCAUCAGGGAUCUGCAGCCCAGCACCCUGCCCUUUGUGGCCAGCCUUAUUUGGCAUUACACCAUGGUGGCUGUGGCCUAGCAGUGUGGUCCAUUCUUGCUGCCUUGCUACCAGGUGGGCAGCCAUCCCAGCACUGCCAUGUUUCACAGUGAAGAGAAUGGGUCCACGGGGGUGGACCCUCCGGUUCUUAUUGACGCCAUAGCUAUUUGCAUGGCCUAUAAGGAAAAGGAGCUGUGCAAAAUCGGAGAGGUGGCCUUAGCCAUGAUCUUUGAUGUCGCAAGCAUCAUCCUGGGCUCCAAGGAGAGGGCAUGCCAGCUGCCUCUGUUCUCCUACAUCGUGGAGCGCUUGUGCGCGUGCUGUUACGAGCAGGCUUGGUAUGCGAAGCUGUGUGGUGUUGUGUCCAUCAAGUUCCUUAUGGUGCGGCUUCCUCUCACCUGGGUUCUACAGAACCAGCAGACGUUCCUCAAAGCGCUCCUUGUCAUGAUGGACCUGACUGGAGAGGUUUCCAAUGGGGCCGUGGCCAUGGCCAAGACCACCCUGGAACAGCUCCUGAUGAGGUGUGCGACUCCCUUGAAGGACGGGGAGCAGGCCGAGGAGAUCGUAGCGGCCCAGGAAAAGUCUUUCCACCACGUGACACAUGAUCUGGUGCAAGAAGUCACCUCUCCAAACUCCACCAUGAGAAAGCAGGCUAUGCAUUCCCUGCAGGUAUUGGCCUAGGUCACCGGGAAAAGUGUGAUGGUGAUCAUGGAGCCCCACAAAGAGGUGCUGCAGGACAUGGUCCCACCCAAGAAGCACUUGCUGCUCCACCAGCCCACCAACGCGCAGAUCGGCCUCAUGGAGGGCAACACAUUUUGCACCAUGUUGCAGCCUCGACUCUUCACCAUGGACCUGAACGUGGUGGAGCAUGAGGUGUUCUACACAGAGCUGCUGAACUUGUGUGAGGCCGAAGACUCUGCUCUGACAAAGCUGCCUUGUUACAAAAGCCUCCCGUCGCUUGUACCCCUGCGAAUCACAGCCCUGAAUGCACUCGCAGCCUGCAACUACCUUCCUCAGUCCAGAGGGAAGAUCAUCGCUGCACUCUUCAAAGCACUCAAUUCCACCAACAGUGAGCUGCAGGAGGCCGGGGAAGCCUGCAUGAGAAAGUUUCUAGAAGGUGCGACCAUAGAAGUGGAUCAGAUUCACACCCACAUGCGCCCUCUGCUGAUUGACGGUGUCGGCGUGUCUGGAAGUUUCUCUGCAAAUAACACGAAUAGAAAAGCUGACUUUCCUCCCCAUCCUCAGGAAAGCAUUUCAGAGUGCGGGAGGUGUUCCUUGUCUCCAUUCUGUCAGUUUGAGCCUGCCAUGGAAGGGGUAGAGGAGAUGAAGAUUUGUUCGGCCAUUAUCAACCUUUUCCACCUGAUCCCAGCUGCGCCUCAGACCCUGGUGAAGCCUUUGUUAGAGGUUGUCAUGAAAACAGAGCGGGCCAUGUUAACUGAGGUGGGCAGUCCUUUCCGAGAGCCCUUGAUCAAGUUCCUGACUCGGCACCCUUCACAGACGGUGGAGCUAUUCAUGAUGGAAACCACUCUGAAUGACCCACAGUGGAGCAGGGUGUUCAUGAGUUUCUUGAAGCACAAGGAUGCCAAGCCCCUGCGGGACGUGCUGGCUGCCAACCCCAACAGGUUCAUCACGCUGCUGCUGCCAGGCAGUGCACAGACAGCCGUGUGCCCCGCUUGUCGCACCAUGCGCCUGGACCUCCAGUUCCAGGCUAUCAGGAUCAUAAGCAUCAUAGUUAAGAAUGACGACUCUUGGCUGGCCAGUCAGCAUUCUCUGGUGAGCCAGCUGUGUGGUGUCUGGAUCAGUGAGGCCUUUCAGGAAAGAUACUGCAAGAACAUGGCGGCCACCAACUGGAAGGAGCCAAAGCUGCUGGCCUAUUGUCUGCUCAACUACUGCAAAUGGAACUACAGAGACAUAGAACUGAUGUUCCAGUUGCUGUGAGCCCUCACUGGCCAUUUUCUCUACAACAUGACAUUCCUAAAAGAGUAAAUGGAGGAAGAGAUUCUGAAAAAUUAUAGCAUCGCCCAGAAACGUGCGUUUUUUCACUUUGUAGACUUCAACGACCCCAACUUUGGCAAUGAACUGAAGGCCAAGGUUCUGCAGCAUAUCUUGAAUCCGGCUUUCUUGUACAGCUUUGAGAAGGGGGAAGCAGAGCAGCUCUUGGGACCUCCCAACCCAGAGGGAGACAACCCAGAGAGCAUCACCAGCGUGUUCAUCACCAAGGUCCUCGACCCAGAGAAGCAGGCGGACAUGCUGGACUCACUGAGGAUCUACCUGCUGCAGUAUGCCACGCUGUUGGUGGAGCACGCCCCGCACCACAUCCACGACAACAACAACCGCAACAGCAAGCUGUGCCACCUCAUGACCUUCGCAUGACCCUGCCUGCUCUCCAAGACCUGCGUGGAUCCUGCCUGCAAGUACAGCGGACACUUGCUGCUGGCACACAUCAUUGCCAAGUUUGCAAUACAUAAGAAAAUCGUACUUCAGGUGUACCAUAGUCUGCUGAAGGCCCAUGCCAUGGAAGCACGUGCCAUUGUCAGACAGGCGAUGGCCAUUUUGACGCCUGCAGUGCCUGCCCGGAUGGAGGACGGACACCAGAUGCUGACCCACUGGACCCGGAAGAUCAUCGUGGAAGAGGGGCAUACGGUUCCACAGCUCGUUCACAUCCUACACUUGAUACUGCAGUACUUUAAGGUGUACUACCCGGUGCGCCACCACUUGGUACAGCACAUGGUGAGCGCCAUGCAGAGGCUUGGCUUCACGCCCAGCGUCACCAUGGAGCAGAGGAGGCUAGUCGUGGGCCUGUCAGAGGUUGUCAUCAAGUGGGAGCUCCAGAGGAUCAAGGACCAGCAGCCAGAUUCAGAUGUGGACCCCAGUUCCAGUGGAGAAGGUGUCACGUCUGUGUCGUCGUCCAUCAAGAGGGGCCUGUCAGUGGACUCUGCACAGGAAGUGAAGUGCUUCCAGAUGGCUACUGGCACCAUUAGUGCUUUGUUCGGGCAGAGCCAGUCAUUGCCGGGAGCUGACUGUCUUCUGUCCAAGCCCAUUGACAAGCAGCACACAGACACCGUGGUGAAUUUCCUCAUCCGUGUGGCCUGUCAGGUGAAUGACAACACCAACACAGCUGGGUCCCCUGGGGAGGUGCUGUCUCGCCGAUGUGUCAACCUCCCCAAGUCCGCCUUGCGCCCAGACAUGGGGUCCAAGUCUGAACUUAAGCUGCACUGGUUCGACAAGCUGCUGAUGACUGUGGAGCAGCCAAAUCAGGUGAACUACGGGAACGUUUGCACGGGGCUGGAGCUGCUGAGCUUCCUGCUGACAGUAUUGCAGUCAUCUGCCAUCCUCAGCAGCUUUAAGCCCCUGCAGCGCGGGAUUGCUGCCUGCAUGGCGUGCCACCUGCGAGCCGUGCACAGCCUCCUCUCACGCCUCAUGAGCAUCUUCUGGACAGAGCCGAGUACUUCCAGCGUGGCCUCCAAGUACGAAGAGCUCGAGUGUCUGUAUGCGGCUGUUGGGAAGGUCAUCUAUGAAGGACUCACCAGCUAUGAGAAGUCCGCCAGUGCUAACCCCUCGCAGCUCUUCGGGACUCUCCUGAUUCUCAAGUCCGCCUGCAGCAACAACCCGAGCUACAUAGACAGGCUGAUCUCGGUGUUCAUGCGCUCCCUGCAGAAGAUGGUGCGAGAGCAUCUUAGUCCACAGACGGCGGCGGGGAGCACAGAUGCAGCCUCAGGGACGAGCGAGCUGGUGUUGCUGAGCCUGGAGCUGGUGAGGACACACCUGGCUGUGAUGAGCAUGGAAAUGCGCAAGAACUUCAUCCAGGCCAUCCUCACGUCGCUCAUUGAGAAGUCACCUGACGCCAAGAUCCUCCGCACCGUGGUGAAGACCGUGGAAGAGUGGGUGAAGAGCAGCUCCCCGAUGGCAGCCAACCAGACACCAACGCUCCAGGAGAAGUCCAUCUUGCUUGUGAAAAUGAUGACCUACAUAGAAAAACGCUUUCGAGACCUGGAGUUAAAUGCCCAGUUUUUAGACCUUGUUAAUUAUGUGUACAGGGACAAGACGCUGUCAGGCAGCGAGUUGACUGCCAAGCUCGAGCCUGCUUGUCUUUCCGGGCUGCGAUGUGCCCAGCCUCUCAUCGGAGCCAAGUUCUUUGAGGUUUUUGACAACUCGAUGAAGCGUUGGGUCUAUGAGCGUCUGCUCUAUGUGACCUGCUCCCAGAACUGGGAGGCCAUGGGAAACCACUUUUGGAUCAAGCAGUGCAUUGAGCUCCUCCUGGCCGUGUGUAAGAAAAGCACGCCCAUUGGUACCAGCUGCCAGGGGGCCAUGCUCCCGGCCAUCACCAACGUCAUCAACCUGGCCGACAGUCAUGACCGAGCCACAUUCGCCAUGGUCACGCACAUCAAGCAGGAGCCUCGGGAAUGGGAGAACAGUGAGUCCAAAGAGGAGGAUGUAGAGAUAGAUAUUGAACUGGCUCCUGGAGAUCAGCCCAGCACUCCCAAAACCAAAGAACUUGCCAAAAAGGACAUUGGGAACCAGCUGCAUAUGUUGACCAACAGACACGACAAGUUUCUUGGUACCCUGAAGGAGGUGAAGACCAGGGCACUGCUCAGUGCCUUUGUGCAGCUGUGUCACACCUCCACCACGCUGGCUGAGAAAACCUGGAUCCAGCUGUUCCCCAGACUGUGGAAAAUCCUCUCUGACAGACAGCAGCAUGCUCUGGCAGGGGAGAUCAGCCCGUUCCUGUGCAGCGCCAGCCACCAGGUGCAGCGUGACUGUCAGCCCAGUGCGCUGAACUGCUUUGUGGAGGCCAUGUCCCAGUGCGUGCCCCCAAUCCCCAUCAGGCCCUGUGUCCUCAAGUACCUGGGCAAGACGCACAACCUGUGGCUGCAGUCCACACUCAUGCUGGAGCACCAGGCCUUCGAGAAGGGCCUGAGCCUGCAGAUGAAGCCGAAGCAGACGGGCGAGUUCUAUGAGCAGGAGUGCAUCACGCCACCCCAGCAGGAGAUCCUGGAUUCCCUUGCCAAGCUCUACUCCCUGCUGCAGGAGGACAUGUGGGCUGGCCUGUAGCAGAAGCACUGCAAGUACUCGGAGACUGCCACAGCCAUCGCUUAUGAGCAGCAUGGCUUCUUUGAGCAGGCACAGGAGUCAUAUGAAAAGGCAAUGGAUAAAGCCAAGAAGGAACACGAGCGGAGUAACGCAUCCCCGGCCGUCUUCCCCGAGUACCAGCUCUGGGAGGACCACUGGAUCCGGUGCUCAAAAGAGUUGAACCAGUGGGAGGCCUUGACGGAGUACGACCAGUCCAAAGGACACAUCAACCCCUACCUGCUCCUGGAGUGCGCAUGGCAUGUGUCCAACUGGACUGCCAUGAAGGAGGCACUGGUGCAGGUGAGACGCCCCCUCCCUGCCCCCUGGCGUGGAAGCAACAAGGCUGGGGUCCUCCGAGACAUCCUCAAGGAGGUGCAGAGCAACGUGGUGCUGCACAGCAUGCUCAAGGAGUGGGCGCUGUACACCUUCCCCAACGCCACCGACUACUGGACCUUCCGCAAGAUGUUCACCAUCCAGCUCGCGCUCAUCGGCUUUGCCGAGUUCAUCCUGCACCUGAACAGACUCAACCCCGAGAUGUUACAGAUCGCUCAGGACACCGGAAAGCUCAACGUUGCCUACUUCCGAUUUGACAUCAACGACACGACUGGGGACCUAGACAAAAACCGCCCUGUCCCUUUCCACCUCACCCCCAACGCCUCCGAGUUCCUGACCACCAUUGGGGUGUCUGGCCCGCUGACUGCCUCCAUGAUUGCCAUGGCAUGGUGCUGCGCCCAGCCCAACUUCAAGGUGGACGGCAUUCUCAAGACGGUGCUCCACAAUGAGAUCAUCGCGUGGCACAAGAAGACACAGGAGGACAGCUCGUCGCCGCUGUCUGCCGCAGGGCAGCCCGAGAACAUGGACAGCCAGCAGCUGGUCUCCCUGGUGCAGAAGGCCGUCACGGCAGUCAUGACCCGCCUGCACAACCUGGCCCAGUUCGAGGGCGGGGAGAGCAAGGUGAACACCCUAGUGGCCGCUGCCAACAGCCUGGACAACCUGUGUCGCAUGGACCCUGCCUGGCACCCGUGGCUGUGACCACCCCGGCUCCCAGGCUGCUGUGGAUGACUGAUGGUCGGGAGCCCUCGCCUGCUCACUCGCUCCCCUGAAGCCACGAGGGGUGGAGCUGCAGGGUCACAGCACCGUGUCCUGAGGAGUGGCG